CAACUUCAAGAUAACAACUCGUGAACGCGCCUCUGUGCUGUGCUGUGCGCGUCCGCGUCCCUCACCUCUUGCCUCUACUCGUCUUCCCCCUCCCUCUCCUACACACACAAGCCGGAGAAGGUAGUUCAACCCGAGGGGACGGAAUCCAUCCGAGGUCCAAAACACUGCGGAUUAUCCUCGUUUAAAACUAUUAUUUCAUAAAGAAAAACCCCGAUAUGGUUCCGUCGGCUGCGCAAUGGAUUUACACCGAGCGGCCUGGACCCGAGAGGCAAACUUAAAACGCUCUUUUCCCGCAACAGACGCGGACCUCUCGGCUUGAAGCGGACGACGGACCAAGGGGACCGCUGUUCUGAAGAGUGUGUUUCAAACGACUCCUGCAAAGCAAAGGGGCUGCGUUUUCAUUCGUGCUGUCGGGAAGAACUGUCGAGAUAAUCACGAUUUAGUUGUAGGUGUUUUGUGUGAGAAUAAUCUUUGCAACACACAGUCCAGCUGUUUUCUUUUAUUUUGGAGUGGAGGGGGGGGUUCUUGGAGAGGGGAGAGGGGGCUGACGACUUGUCGGGCUGACCCUUGGAGUUGGUCCUGAAAAUGGAGGCUGUGAUCGAGAAGGAAUGCAGUGCACUUGGAGGACUCUUCCAGACAGUGAUCGGAGACAUGAAAAGCAGCUAUCCUAUCUGGGAGGACUUUAUCAGCAAGGCCGGCAAGCUCCAGUCCCAGCUCAGAGCAACAGUUUUUGCUGCAGCGGCCUUCCUAGAUGCCUUCCAGAAAGUUGCCGACCUGGCUACCAACUCACGAGGUGGGACCCGAGACAUCGGCUCGGCCCUGACCAGGAUGUGCAUGAGGCACCGCGGCAUCGAGACCAAACUCAAGCAGUUCUCAAUGACCUUUGCGGACUGCCUCAUCAACCCGCUCCAGGAGCAGAUGGAGGAGUGGAAGCGGGGCGUGGCCACGCUGGAUAAGGACCACGCCAAAGAGUACAAGAGGGCUCGCAAUGAGAUCAAGAAGAAGUCUUCAGACACGCUGAAGCUGCAGAAGAAGGCGAAGAAAGGCCGCGGUGACUUCCAGCCCCAGCUGGACAGCGCCAUGCAGGAUGUGAGCGAUAAGUACAUCCUGCUGGAGGAGACGGAGAAGCAGGCCCUGAGGAGGGCCCUGAUCGAGGAGCGCCAGCGCUUCUGCUGCUUCGUGGCCAUGCUGCGACCCGUGGUGGACGAGGAGAUCUCCAUGCUCGGAGAGGUCACUCACCUCCAGACCAUCUCUGAUGACCUCAAGGCCUUGACCUCUGACCCCCACACCCUCCCCCCGGCCAGCGAGCAGGUCAUAAUGGACCUGAAGGGCUCGGACUAUCAUUGGUCCUUCCAGACUCCGCCCUCUUCCCCAAAUGCCACCAUGUCAAGGAAGUCAAGCAUGUGCAGUAGUAGUCUGAACAGCGUUAACAGUACUGACUCCAGGGGCUCCAGCAGCGGCUCUCACUCUCAUUCUCCUUCCUCCUCCUCCUCCUCCUCUUCCUCCACCUCCUCCUCCCACAACCUGCUCCACAACAACCACCACACCAACAACAACAACCACCACCACCACCACCACCACCGCUACCGCAGCUCCACGCUGCCCCUUCAGGCCCCGCCCCGCCUCUCCAGCAUCUCCUCCCACGACUCGGGCUUCACCUCCUCCUCCCACGACCAGUACGCCCCGUCCAAGUCACCCUCGCCCAUGCUGGCCGAAGCCAAGUCCUGUCCCAGUUCCAGCUCCUCUGAGGCGUCUGAGGCCCCUCUGCCUCAUGGCGACUGCGGCGGCUCUCCGUCCUCUGCUACUGCUUCUGCCCACGCUGCCGUGCCUCCGCACACUCCCGACAAGCUGACCAACGGAUUCGACCACUACGCCCCGGGGGCCGCAGACUCCCCCUACCUGGCCGGCAGGACGGGGAGUCUGGGCUCCUCCAGCGGGGCCUUCCCCCUCCUGCCCCCCUCCCCGUCCACCUCCUCCACCUCCUCCGCCUCCUCCUCCACCACCACCUGCCCCUCACGGUCGUGGCUGCGGCCCACCUCGGCCCUGCUCCCAGACUUCCCCAGCUAUUGCACCCUGAGCUCCAGCAUGCUGCCGUCGUCCAGGGUGCCCAGCUGGAAGGACUGGGCCAAGCCGGGCCCCUACGACCAGCCCAUGGUCAACACGCUGCGGCGGAGGAAGGACAAGGACCACCCCCUGGGGCCGGUCGACCAAAACGCCGAGGGCCAGCGGACCAGCGCGCCGGCCACGCCCGUUUCGGCCCCGCCCACCUCAGCGCCCGCGGUCGGCAUGGCGCCCGGCUACCCCCUGGACGCAGCGGAGGAGCUGGGCUGCGGGCCCCUGGGCUCCUGUCCUCAGGCGGGGGCGCUAGAGGCCCACGACGAGCUGGCCCUGGCCCUGUCCCGAGGCCUCCAGCUGGACGCCCAGAGAUCCAGCAGGGACUCCAUGCAGUGCUCCAGUGGGUACAGCACCCAGUCCACCACACCCUGCUGCUCAGAGGACACCAUCCCCUCGCAAGUGUCCGACUACGACUACUUCUCCAUGGCCGGCGACCAAGAGCCGGAGGCCCAGCAGCAACCGGACUUCGACAAGUCCUCUACCAUUCCCCGCAACAGCGAGAUCAGCCAGUCCUACCGCCGCAUGUUCCAGGCCAAGAGGCCCGCCUCCACGGCCGGCCUGCCCAGCACGCAGGCCCCCUACCCCGCCGGACAGCCCAUGUACCCCGGGGGGCCCUACCCCGCCGCGGCCGGGCUGCCCAGCCCCCAGGCCCCCUACCCCUCCGGACAGCCCAUGUACCCCGGUGGGCCCUACCCCUCCACGCCAGUCCACAGCACCGCCGCCGCCGGGGGCUACCCCCCCACUCCGACAGCCUCCUGCUACUCCAGCCAGGGGUACUCCGGCCCCUCCUCCUACGGCGGCUCGUACUCGGCGAGCCAGGGCCCGCAGAUCAUCACGCCGGGGACCGCCACCAUCCGCCGCACGCCCUCCACCAAGCCGGCCGUGCGGCGCUGCGGCUCUGUCCCCGGCACGGGGCCCAUCCACAUCCGGACCCCCAUGGUCCCCGCGCUGAUCCCCACCGUGCCCGACCUGCCCCGCCUCAGCCCCGGCAGGGGCGGCGGGGAGGAGGCGGCGGCGGCGGCGGUGGCGGCGCAGGCGAGCGGCGAGCGAGGGGAGGAGAGCUCUCUGUCCCCCCCGGGCCGUGGCCGGGAGGGGCUGCCCGUGGCCUGCUGGAGCGGCCAGGCCGCCACCAACCCCCCGUCCUACGUCAGCCUGGGCUCCCCGCCCCCCGGAGGGCGGCCCGGCGAAGGCGCCCGGGAGGAGUGGGAUGGGGAGGAGCUGAUGGAGGGAGGGGCGGAGGAGGGGGGCAGCAUGCUGGCGGCCAUCCGCAAGGGGGUUAAGCUGAAGAGGACCCCCACCGACGACCGCUCGGCGCCGCGCAUGGCGUGAUCAGUCGCCCAUCACGGCGACGGCGAGGGAAGAAUAUAUGUUAUAUAUAUAUAUAACCAUGAUGUGACGGUCGAGAAGAUACGUCCACGCCAACACCGUUCCGCCGUUGUAACUACGGUGGUUCUGAAAACGGAGAGGAUUGAAACGUACACUAGAGUAUAAAGGGCUUCCAGAGGCUUCCACGCGGUACACCUUGCCUUUCUUUUGCACCACCUAGCAUGUUCCGCUAUAGCUGGCAGCCGUCGCGCCAGAGUGUUCGCUAUCAGGUAUUGUCGUUUAGAAUACGAUGCUUUGAAACUGUUCCAAGUGUCUAGUCAAGUAUUUUGUCACGCUUGUUUCGGGCUGAAUGCGGAUUCGUCCUCAGCCGACCUCAUUGAAGGGGUACAUUCAGGGGCAUCUUGACUCUGGUCGCGUUAACCAGGGAUAACUGACUGCUGGUCAUCAGCUGUAUGGCAUCCCCGUUGGAUAAUACUCAACGCCGGUUUCAGUCUGAACACCUGUAGACGUGCUGAACCAGUAGACACUUUGAAUAGCUGUUCCCUACGAGACCUACCAACCCUGAACAUCUGCAAGCGGCAAUGACAGAAAAUGGACGACACAUGUUGGACGUUGUUUGGUGUGAAUGCAUUCGAUUCAGUAAGAACGAACGCCGGAUGGAUGUGCAGCCUCAGCCAAUGCCUCGUCGGUCUACAUGUUGAGUUUAGCUGCAUUUCUGUCUCCCAAUGUCAUUUAUAGGGCCUUUUGUUUUUCCCAUGUACUUUUUUCAUAAUGCCAAAUUGUCUUUGUUUGGAAAUAGUAAAGUCACUAUAACAAGUGACUUCAUACACUGUGGUUCUUGUUAGUUUACUCUUGUUCCACUCUACAGCAGUCACAUUAGUUUUGUGAACUGCCCUUUAUGCUUUCUCUAUAUAACCCCGCUGGUUAUGAAGCUAUAAAGGAAAAUGAAUCUAGAUUGUGUACAUUUCCAAAUAAAAAUAGCCUUUUGCCGUUACAAAAUAUAUAUUAUCUUUGAUUUAUAAAUGUAAUUAAAACCAGAUAGGACGUUUAAGAUUGAUAUUGUGCUUGGCAUGUUAAUGUUGCGACGUGUUGAAAUGUUAAUCUGAGUUAUAUUCUGCAAAAAAAAAAAUCAUAUGUUUAUGAUAUCCAAUAUGUUGAACAUGUCCAUCAUAUGUAAACCAUUGUUGCUUUUUGUUUGUCGUUGGCAUUGUGUUUUCGUUUCAUUGCCGUUUUAUUUGCUCUCAACUUCAAUCUAGAUUCAAGGGCUGUUGAUUAAAGUAAUUGAUAGUCAAUUGUACUUUCUUAAUAACAAAAUUGUUCUUUGGAGACCUAAUACCUUCAUUGAACUGCCGCAUUAAAUUAGAGCAGGUAAAAAAAGCUGUUGCAACGAGGAAUAGGUUUUGUUUUGUUUUUUGCUCCGUUUAGUGUUUAUGUUCUUUGUAUUAUUGGAGCACUAUAAGACCAUGCAGAUCUAUAACUAAUGUAAAAAAGUGUAAAUAUUACUUAAGAAAAUCAUCAGUAAAUAAGAUUCGGUCAAUAGUCCAUGACCUCACACAAUGUUUUUGUUUUAUUUAUUUACCCCACAUCCCCCUCACUCUUAAGCUACUCUCUUCUCCGCUCUCUCCUGUAUUUUGGUUUCUGUUAUCUGUAUACUCUUCGGAAGAACAGAAAGAAGUGCAUUGCAAAAUAUAUUAUAGUCCAAAGUGUCCCAACAUCUGUCUCCUAUAUCUCUGAACUGAUGAGAAAUAUCUUCUGUUUCAGGAUUAUUUUUUUUGUUUGCAUGCAAAGCAGGACCACACAACUUUACUGACAAAGUUCUACCAUAAGGUAGUGCAGGUACAUCGUCCAACGGCUAUGAAAUCGCCUAAUUUUCCAUGGUUAGCUCUAUGGGAUGAAAUUUGCAUGAUCUCAAAUUACCUUCUGUCUGAUUUUAUUAAUUGUUCUUUCUAGCAGAUGCGAGGGAACCACUUUGCCACUAGGGGGCAGUAGUGAUAUAUGCAACUGAUUGGUUACGUUAUUAGCUUUAGCACUCUUUAAUUGGCAUGGUACUGUGCUAUCGAAAUUAAUUAUGAAUUGCUUGACCUUAAAUCUUCCCGGCAUCCAACAUUUCAGUUUUUUAUGUUCAUGAUGCACGUAGCAUACGAGUUGAGGGUUUGGUUUUCUGUUCAUUCUUUGUUUUCACAUUGAAGUUUGUCUCACCGUUAUGUUUUCUACUUGUUUUAUGUAAAUCAGUAGCCGACAGGGUCCCCCAAAAUAUACGGCACUAUAAUUAAAUUGAUAUUUAAGUUUAAGACUGAUAUAAUUAGAUUGUUAUAAUUCAUAUUGUACAUUUUAGUUUCUAUAGUGCAUCUGAUGGAGGUGCAUAUUCACAGGGGUGCAAAUAUCCCAAAUGCGCAAUCAUGAGAAUUUAGCAUGUUCCCAAAUUGCGCUGUUCGAUUAAAUUGUGUGAAUACAAAAAACAAUGCUAAAUCUGAUAUAGAAGCACAUACCAUAUAUAUAGAUAUAAAUGUAUAUGUAUAUAUUGAUGUAUACGUGUAUAUGUGUAUAUUUAUGUUUAUAUGUGUGUAUGUAUGUAUGUGUAUAUAUGUAUAUGUGUAUACGUAUAUAUGUACACACUUUCAGAAUUGCCAAAUGACAGUAUAACCAAGGAAUACAAAGCCUAUAGUUUAUGCAAGUUUAUCAGUAAAGCCGAUUUCUAGUUGGCCAAUGGUAGUUUAUAUAGAACAGUUGGACUCUUUCGCUCUAUUUCUUCGUCAAGUUCCAAGGGAUACGAUGUGAUGUGUUUUGAUGAGUUAAAAGGAUUGGGCUUUCUCUUUAGUUUUUUGUUUAAUGACUGCUUAAAUGAUCUAAUUAAAAAAAACAAUAUGUUCACUCAGACUUUUUCAUAAAUCAAACGCAGCCAUCGACAUCAACCGCUUGCCAGACAGAUCUCCACGAACCCACCCAAUGUGACAUUUAUUUAAUAUAUUAGUGAUUUGAAUGCAGGCAUUCUUUUGUGCCUUAAUUUAUUUUUGAGGCACUUAUAACUAAUAUUGAAGAAUUGUAUAUCUUUAAUAUAAUUACAGCAUAGUCUUUAUAUAUUUAAGUCAUAUCAUAUAUUUAAUAGGAUUUCUAAUAUCGUUUUCAUACAAUUCGAUUUUCUGUGCACCUAGAAAAUGCCUUCCGAAAGUAUGCAGUAUGUUCUGACCGCCAGAACUAAGUCUUCAGUAUCUAUAUCAUGUAGUGUUUUCUGCCGUUUCUUACAGCUGUAUGCAUGUUUGCCACUCUGAAUAGUCUUUCACCUAUUUUCUUGAGAGAACAGAACACCAUAAAGGACAAACAGGUCUGUGUCCACUAGAGGACAGCAAAAUUCUGUGAAAGUGCUCAUCUGUAUUCAUUUAUUCUCUGCCCUCAUACAGGAACUGCAGGCAGGGUUGUUUAAUUUUCGCUGUCUUUCUUCAGGAAAUCUCCUGUCAAUAUGUAGGUACCAGAUUACAGUGCAAAGUUCAAACCUCAUGUCAUGAGAUCCCCCUAUAUGCUGUUUGGUAUGGACAUUGUUUCAGAGUCCUUCUGCACUGAGAGAGUUUGGAGAGCCGACGAUGCUUGUAUGACCUCCGGCAGGUAACACAUUUUUACCGUUAAGUGCUUUACCUGUCCCUCUAAAACUGCCAAGCGUUGCACAGAGGAGCUAAAUGGAGAGAACAUCCAAUUUUGGCAUAUUGGACCUAUUUACCACUAGAGGGUUUCAGGAUUGUCUGGCAUAUGUCUCUUCCUCUUUCUUUAUGUCUUUGCGUGGUGGGUAGUGUGUUCUGCUUUAAUAUCUACAUUACAACUCAGCCAAGAUUAUAUCUACUCAAUUUAUUGGUUAUUAUCCAGGUGCUCACAAGAUGUGUGUGUGUAGAGAGAGAGUGUAGAAACAGGCUACAAUAACUCUGCCCUACCCCUUGAGGCAUACAUUUUCGUAGUUGAUAAUGAUUAUAUUAGCUUAUUUCUGUACUUAUUCAUCUAGUUAUGUACAAUAAACAUAAUCACAAUAAAAAAAGGUUGAUAUAUCUAUUGAUAUAUUUCCUCCAGCAGUUUUCAUUUUCAGUGUUUUAUCUUAACAUUAAAUGCACAAUUCUAACUCUACUCCAUCUCCCAGAAUCCUUCAGACCCAAAUCACAUACUACCUCUGUUGGUUCCCAACUCAAAUUGACAGUUUUUAAUUGGUAACGAGAAAUGUAACAGGAGUAAGAAACGAUCUCAACCUAAUUUUCCCAUUCAUUAUUUGAUGGUCACCCGUGUUGGCCCAUAAGGCUCUUUCAUGUGACCACUCAGAUGUCGUUUAGAGAAGAAAACACAGUCACCUCGGCCGGCCUGGAGGUCUACGGGGCCCACUAUACCGGCCAAUGUGUCCCAUCAUCCAGCCUGGCAACCAGACAAAUCUGCUAGCUUAGCCCCACUCCCCAGAGGUUUAGCACAAAAGUAUGUGUCU